CAUCCUCAGCAACUCAAAGCCUCCUUCAACCGGCGAAUGAUUUCGCAAGCCCUCAAUAAACAAAGCGGCACUUCCAGUAUCACGGCGUCAACGUAGCCUCGACUUUCUCGAAGAUGCCUGACACGUCGCCUCACAAGUUCGGUCUUGGGGAGAGGUUGAUGGACAUCCCGCCUGUCUUCUACCUUCUCUUCAAAAUUAACGAAGGAUUUCUAUUUCCUCCCCAACCGUUCACCCCUCGCCUGGCAAGCAACUCCGACCGCCUUAGACCGGCAUUUAUCGAUACUUGCAGUCCCACUGAACCUCAAGAAAUAUCCAUCUCCAACGACCACCGACGUACCAUCGACGGCUGGCAUGCAGUAAUAGGGUGCAUUCUUAUCAUCUUACUCUGCUCUGCCCUCCGCUUCUCCGAAGACAAAUGGAACAUGAGUUCCCGGAAAGGGCGUUGGUCAUACCGUCUGGACUGGAUGAAAGAAGUGAACUACCCGCCUGAGACUCGCACUUUAGCCCCGAUCAUGGUUCCUUCACACCAAGAUUACCGCCUCACCCAACGCCGCGAGGCGAUAAGAGUACUCUUCAUGGUUAUGGUCACAACAUGUGUGUGCCCGAUCACAGAAUAUUUUUUGUGCACUAGGGCAGGAAUUUCGGAACGAUUGCAUAACACUAUGCAAGGAAACACAGCUGGAGAAGCAUACGCUAUGUUGGUGAAUGGGCUUCUUUUGGUUUAUCUGAUCUUCAGAUAUGGUAUUCUUCCUUGGUUCGUGACUGCGGUGGCUAGUACGAGUAUAGUCUUGACAAUGCUCCCUCUGCCCGGCGACGCGGAGAAUGCAAUGAGUGUCUGGGACAGAUGGAUUGAGAGGUGGAUAAAUGCACACCAGUUGGAGAAUGCAGUGGCAGAGGCCCGAUACAUGGCCGCGAUGAAAGAUCUCGACCCAGGACCGCAGAACAUGCCAACAGACUUCGGUCUCUUGGACUCCCAUGUGCCUGAGUUGACGGUUGACGUAUCCUGGCGUGACAAGUAUAAAGGGUUCUCCUCAACCGAGUACUUUGCGGGCUUGAAUGGAGAGAAAAGUGGCCCGUCGAUUGUCACAGGUAGAGGUAGGUGGGAAGUGACUAUGGUGACUUUGUAUGGAUAAUAGAUGUAGGAUUCUAGCCAAUCAUAGCACGUAUUUUAUGCGAAGCCC